GUCUUGCAUACAACCCCUACCCAACCCCCUCCUCCAAUCUCUCUCUCUAAAAAAAAUCCCCUUGCUGAGCUCCUGUCUCAGUGCUAGCGUGGAGAUCUGAAGCAGCAACAUGUGAGAAGAGAAGGCUCCCUCAGUUUGUGAGCAGCGGGAGAGACCAUGGAGAAAGCUCUGUGCCAUUAUCAGAAAAGCUACGAGCUCUGUCGGCAGGGCCAUAAUGAGUGCUGCGACAGGGUGGUUAUUAAUGUAUCUGGCCUCCGCUUCGAGACCCAGGUCAAGACCCUGCGCCAGUUCCCAGACACCCUGCUCGGGGACCCCCAGAGGCGGAUCCGCUACUUCGACCCCCUCCGCAAUGAGUACUUCUUCGAUAGGAACCGCCCCAGCUUCGAUGCGAUCUUGUACUAUUACCAGUCCGGGGGCAGGUUGAAAAGACCUAACAGUGUCUCCCUGGAGGUCUUCAUGGAGGAGCUAAGGUUUUACGAGUUGGGUGACGAGGCCAUGACCCGAUUCCGGGAGGAUGAGGGUUUCAUCAAAGAAGAGGAAAAACCAAUGCCCACCAAUGAGUUCCAGAGGCAGCUUUGGCUGCUCUUUGAAUACCCUGAAAGUUCUCCCCCUGCCAAGGUGGUGGCCAUUAUCUCAGUGUUGGUGAUUCUGAUCUCCAUUGUGGUCUUCUGCUUGGAGACCCUGCCCGAAUUCAGGGAUGAGCAGGACCCUACCUUGCCCAUUCACCCCCACCGGGGCAACAGCACCCACCUUGAGGACAUGGGCAACCCCUUCCACGACCCCUUCUUCGUGGUGGAGACCAUGUGCAUCUGCUGGUUCUCCUUCGAACUCUUCCUGAGGUUUAUCGUAUGUCCCAGCAAGGCGGGCUUCUUCAAGGACGUCAUGAACAUCAUCGACUUUGUGGCCAUCAUCCCUUACUUUGUGGCGCUGGGCACCGAGUUUGCCCGGCAGCGAGGGGUGGCACAGCCCGCCAUGUCGCUGGCCAUCCUCAGGGUCAUCCGUCUGGUCAGGGUCUUCCGAAUCUUCAAGCUGUCCCGGCACUCCAAGGGCCUGCAGAUCCUGGGCCAGACCCUGAAAGCCAGCAUGAGGGAGCUGGGCCUGCUCAUCUUCUUCCUGUUUAUCGGGGUCAUCCUGUUCUCCAGCGCCGUCUACUUCGCCGAAUCCGAGGACAAGAACACCAUCUUCACCAGCAUCCCCGAAUCCUUCUGGUGGGCCGUCGUCACUAUGACCACUGUCGGCUACGGGGAUAUGUACCCCAGCACCCUGGGAGGCAAGAUUGUGGGAUCCCUCUGUGCCAUCGCUGGGGUGCUCACCAUCUCCUUGCCGGUGCCUGUGAUUGUCUCCAAUUUCAGUUACUUCUACCAUCGGGAGAUCGAAAGUGAGGAUCAAACCCAGUAUUCCCAUGUGACGACCUGCCCUUACCUGCCCUCCACUCCGAAAACGCAGUCGGUGAUGGAGAAAAGCCAGGAGGUGGAAGACGAAUGUAUCGACAAUUUCUGUACGCCUCUACAGAACGACAUGUUGGAUGGAUUUUGCCCCACUGAUGGUGGGAUUCCAGAAACUACCAGCUCACCAAACAGGAAACCCUUGGUCACACAAGUUUGAACUCUGUUUCUCCCCCUCCCCCCACCCAACAAAGUUUCUGAAGUUGCCUUAACCAUGAAUGCAAACAAAGGAAAGGGGGAGAAAAAAUGGCAACACUUAAAAGCUACACUUAACUCCAGGGCUUGUUUGGUUUACGUCCACCCGUAGGUUUUGGUUGGGCACGGGGGUGUAGUUUUGGCGAUGGUCAGUUUAUCUGGACAACUGUAAGCUCAUGCUCAAAGAAAGAGAGAGAGAGAGAGAAACAGACAGAACAAGCCUGUAAAAAUUCACACGACACCAAGUCUGACUUGCUGGCUUGUGUUUUUUUUUGGGGAGGGUGAGGAAGAGCGGGCUAUCGGUGUCAGUAUUUCUCUUCAAGGUAGGAAGAUACUGUUCGGAUUGAGAAAUGGCAGCGAGCUCUCUGCACCUUCAGAUUGUAAACGGAAAUUGGUGACUUGUUUCUCCUAGCGGACCGUCCUAUUUAUUGUUAUUUUUUACCAAGCGUGCCAGGUUCAAAAUGCAUGGGUAUUUGUUAAUAUAUUUAUCCAGAAUAAACAAAAAAGGACUUGGCAGGUUGGUGCCUGUAGUGUUUAAAGCAUUGAUCUUAUAUGAGUGAAAAAAAUGUUUUGAAUAAAUUGAAAGCCUGUGUUGUGUAAUGGUAGAAAUUCCCAGCACUAUCCCAGUAUAACUGAAUUAGCUGAAGACACCUUUUUAACAAUUACAUAGAAACUAAGAAAAUAGGAGCAAGAGUAGGCCAUUCAGCCCUCAAGCCUACUCCAGUGUUUCAUACUGUCGUAGCUGAUCAGUUCCUGUUCCUACUUUCUCCCCAGAAUCUUUGGUCAGUUUAGCCCUAAGAACUGUAUCUAACUCCUUCUUGAAAUCAUUCAACCGCUUUCUGUGGCCGAGUAUUCCACAGGUUCACCAGUCUCUGGGUGAAGACAUUUCUCCACAUCUCAGUCCUAAACGGCCUACUCUGUAUCCUUAGACUGUGAGCCCUGUUUCUGGGGAACAUCUUUCCUGCAUUUACCCUGUCGGUUGAAUAUUGUUGAUUGAACCC